GAAACCUCGUCCAGCACCUCCAACAAUAACAUGAUGAUGCGUCGCGCCUCUUGGGACGGCCUGCUGGUCGCGAUUGCGGCUGCGAUCGCGCGAAUGUCUCUUUUUGCGGAAACCAGCGAGAAGCUCGGAGAUUACCUGGAGCCGAUCUGCGAGCUUCUCGGGCGCACUGGGCGGACCCACCCGUUCUGCCAGCGUUUUCUGGCCGCAGGGCUUUGUGCGCUCACCAGCGCCACCUCCGCGUGCGUCCACAAGACCGGGUCGCACGUGCAGCUGCAGAAUGAUCAGCCGGGAGCAGGAGGACUGGUAGCCGGGCAGAAAGCGCAGCUGUCCGGCCCGCAGCUCCAAGCAAGUAUGAGCAGUUCUUUGCAAGCCGGAUCUGGCACGGCAGGCACGAGCGGCAACUCAGGUAGUUUACAACUAGGGCACCAGCCGGGCGGCA